AUGUCGCCCCUUGUUUGUCCACUAGAGGGCGCCAUUGUAUCACAAAUGAGUCUACCGAGCGCUCACAAAUUCAGCUGCGCGCCCUCCACGCUGGCGGGCACUCUAGCGAGUUACGAGCCAGCCUGGCGGGCGGUAGCAGCGCCCGAAUGGGUUAUGCGAACAGUUACGCAGGGCUACAGACUACAGUUUGUCAGGAAACCCCCGCUUUUCAACGGCAUUCUCUUCUCUCACACGGAAGAGAAUUCCGCUCACAUUCUGAAAGAGGAAAUCUCCUCUCUUCUAAUAAAGGGUGCGAUUCAGGUGGUGCCCCCCGAUCUGAUAAAUCAGGGGUUUUAUUCUCGUUAUUUCCUGGUUCCAAAGAAGGACGGCUCCCUCCGCCCUAUCUUAGACCUCCGAGUGUUGAACAAACAUUUAAGGAAAUACAAUUUCAGAAUGUUAACCCACGGUUCUCUGGCCCGAGCCAUAAAACAGAACGACUGGUUCACUUCAGUCGAUCUGAAGGAUGCUUUUUUCCACAUAAGCAUUUAUCCGCCUCACAGGAAGUUUCUGCGUUUCGCAUAUCAGAACAUAUGUUACGAAUUCAGAGUUCUUCCUUUCGGUCUCUCUCUCAGUCCUCGAACGUUCUGUCUGUGCACGGAGGCGGCUCUCGCCCCUCUAAGAAUGUCAGGUCUACGGAUUUUGACAUACAUAGACGAUUGGCUCCUCAUAGCCGAGUCGAAAGAGAAAGUGCUGCGGGAAACCCACCGUGUGCUCUCUCAUAUCACGUCCCUGGGUUUCAGAGUGAAUGUGAACAAAAGCAAUUUCACACCCAGUCAGAUUCAGGGAGGGGGAGAGAGUGCAGUAUCGUUCAUGCCUCAGACUACAGGGUCUUAUGGCUUCAGCUAUUCAGGUUUUGCCCCUGGGUCUCCUGAGAAUGAGACCGUUCAUGAAAUGGGUUUUAUCACUACAUUUCAGCCCGUUACGCGAUCUCUGUCGCGUGGUAACGGUGACGCGCAUCUGUUCGGCAGCUCUGCGCCACUGGAGGAACGCAGACUUUUACGCACAAGGCACCCCCUUGGGGACAGUUAUGUUGCGGAAAGUCGUGACGACAGAUGCGUCCUUAACGGGCUGGGGUGCAACCCAGGAGGGCAGAACGGUGAACGGGCUGUGGCCGAGCAGUCUCCAUUCAGCACAUAUAAAUUAUUUAGAGCUCCUCACCAUAUGGAAAGCUCUGAAUCAUUUUCUGCCGCGCCUGCGGGGACAUCAUGUUCUCGUACGCUGCGACAAUACCACAGCGGUGGCAUACAUCAAUCGCCAGGGCGGUAUGCGCUCCUCAAAACUUCACAAUCUAGCUCACAAGCUGUUAGUGUGGAGCAAGGGGUUUUUUCUGUCACUACGCGCAACGCAUGUUCCGGGCAUUCUGAACAGAGGCGCGGAUCUUCUGUCAAGGGGAAACCCUCUUUACGGGGACUGGCGUCUCCACCCGCAAGUGGUGGACGCGAUAUGGAGGCGAUUCGGACGGGCAACCGUAGAUCUGUUCGCCUCGCACGAAAAUGCCCAUUGUCCUAUGUUCUUCUCGCUAAAGGACUUGGACGCGCCCCUCGGGGUGGACGCACUGGCCCACCCAUGGCCCAAGGUGUUGCUGUAUGCUUUCCCCCCUCUGUGCCUCAUAAUUCCCACGCUGGCCAGAGUGAGGGAGGAGAGCUUGUCUCUCCUUCUGAUAGCGCCCAGAUGGCCCAAAGCCCCGUGGUUGGCAGAUAUAAUUCCUCUGCUAUAUGCCCAGCCGUGGCCCCUCCCCCUCCGCACAGACCUGUUGUCUCAAGCGAACGGGGAAAUUUAUCACCCACACCCGGACAGGGUGGCUCUCUGGGUUUGGCCCGUGAGAGGACAAACUUAAACGCGCUGGGAUUACACCCGCGCGUAAUUGCUACUAUUCAAAAUGCCAGAGCCGUUUCUACACGGUCCUUAUAUGGUUGUAAGUGGCAAGUGUUUGAAGGGUGGUGUAAUGAGCACGAUCUCAUAUCUUAUCAGUGCUCAGUCCCUGAGAUUUUGCGUUUCUUACAAAACCUUAUGGAUAAAGGCAGGUCUUUUUCCACAAUUAAGGUUUACCUGGCGGCUAUUUCUGCUUGUCACGUAGGGUUUGAUGGCUCUACUGUCGGGCAGCACCCUUUAAUCUGCAGAUUUAUGAAGGGUGCCCGUCGCUCUUUGCCAGUCAUCAGGAAGUCUGUCCCUGAAUGGGACCUCUCCAUGGUGCUGGACGCCCUGUCUCAAUACCCCUUUGAGCCCCUGGGUGUUAUUUCCUUGAAGCUGCUGUCUUUUAAGGUAGCUCUGCUCUUGGCUCUAACAUCAGCAAAACGCGUUAGCGAACUGCAUGCAUUUUCUGUACACCCUUCAUGCACUAAAUUCUCUUUGAAUGGAGAAAAGGUUUUUCUUAAACCUAACCCGGCAUUUAUGCCUAAGUGCUUCCCUGCGUUCACAUCGGAGGUGCUGGAGCUGUCCGCUUUUCACCCUCCACCUUUUUCCUCUGCGGAGGAUCAGAGGCUUAAUGCUCUAUGUCCUGUUCGUGCAUUACAGACGUAUAUCGACAGGACUAGGGUUUUCCGGAAGAGUGACCAGCUCUUUAUCUCAUGGACGCCGCCUCACAGAGGGAAUCCCGUAUCUAAGCAACGUCUUUCACAUUGGCUUGUGGACGCGAUUGCCUUGGCAUACGAAUCGAAGGGAGUGCAACCACCUGGGAAUAUCAGAGCUCAUUCUACGAGGGGCGUGGCCACCUCUUGGGCUUUGUUUAGGGGAGUGUCACUGCAGGACAUCUGUUCGGCUGCGAGCUGGGCUUCUCCCCAUACUUUCGUGCGUUAUUAUCGGUUGGAUGUUACUAAAACCUCAGUAGCACAUUCCGUUUUGGGUGUAGGGUCAUCAUAGCCCUUCACUGCUGCACACCUUUUUCCUACUGUUGUCUUUAUAGUAGGAAAAAAAAAAAAAAAGCGCAUACGGGUUUUGAGCUCGUUCAUGUUACCAAGCAUGCAUUCACAUCCUUGCCCUUGUUUGUUUUUUGCAUUUGUGGGUUUCCCUAGGGUGUGCCUUUUACAUAUUUUCUGCCUUGCAUGCGCACCACAGACACUUGUGUGUGUGCGUGGGGCUCAUUAUUAUGGGACGUGUCGGGCACCGCCCCCCCGGGGGUGACCGUUCCAUUUUUUAUACUGGCUGUCAUACCUCACUGCGAGUGUGUUGGGCAAUCGGGGAGCUGUCCAUGUCUCUCCCAUAGGUGGAUCUCGAACACGAGAUGAUGAAAGAGAACAAUAGGUUACUUUCGUAACCCCGGUUCUCUGAAACAUC